CCACCACCCAGCCGCCCCGAGAGCCACCCGCACCUCGCCAUGCAGCUGGACGUCGACGACAUGUACCGCGACAUCGCGCUGCUGGCCCACCAGAUCGACGCGGCGCUGCGGCAGACGGACGCCGCCACCGCCCUCAAGUUCAUGUUCCUGGGGCUGUGCUGCGACUCGUGGGCCGCGGACGUGCUGGAGAAGCGCGCCAUCCCGGACGACGACAAGAGGAGCAGCGUCGUGCUGCACCACCCACCGAGCCAAGCACCGGACGACCCCGUGGACGCGCUCCACUGCCACCUCCGCGACCUGCACUUCAGCCUGGAGGUGGUGGCCGUGCUGCUGCGGCCCGGCGUCGAGCGGGACGCCACGGCCAAGCUGCUGGAGCUGGUGCGCUGCAUGUGCCGGCAGCGGGGCGUCGAGCUCGAGUGAAGCCAUGCGAUGAAAAGAUUUUUCCAUAUUUUACGUGGUGUUUUAAAUGUUUUGUUUUUUGUGCUCCUGUUGAAUUUUUCCACAGUUUAAAAUACUUAG